AGCGAACAACAUCCAGGGAAACCCAGGAGAUAAAACUCAAGACAAACCACGUCUGUCUGUUUGUGCGCCGCAGUCUGCAGCCCGCUCAACUCCUCAAGCUUCCUCCGACUGCAAACAAGACACCAAACUGUGACACAAUGAAAGUGGCCAUUGUUUUUGUUCUGCUGUUCGCUACAGUUCUCUGCCGGCCGGUGAGAAGAGUUGUUAGCAACAGUUCAGAGAGCUCUGAGGAAAUGGUGAGACGACCUCCAGCCCUCAGGAAACAGGCAGCAGUGGUUCCUCAGGCCCCUGCAGCACCUGUACAGAACGUUGUGGCAGCAGCUGCAGCCGGUUCGGACGAGAGCACAGAGACUUCAGAAGAAGACGAGCAAGUGGCAGCAGAAGCUCCAGUAGAAGUCAAAUCUGCCAGCUCAGACACAGCCUCGACCUCAGACCCAGCCUCGACCUCAGACACAGCCUCUGUCAACAGCAAGGACAGUGAAGACAGUGACGAUGAUGACAAUGAAACAGAGGAGAGCGAUACCGACGAGGAUGAAUCCAGCGACAGCUCAGAGUCAGGCGAGUCCUCCACCCCUGCUCCCUCCACCGUCACCCCUGUGAUCGUUACAGAAGAACCUGUGGCUGAGACCACUCCUGAGUCCAUCGAGCCUACCAUCGUCACCGACACAUCCCGUGGCGACAGCUUGGGAGGUUACCCCAGCGACUAUAAAUCUAUUGUCUACGUAGAGGACAAAUCCUACCACAAGGUUCCUGCUGACUACAAGUCCUACGAGUUUGUCGGCACAGGAAAGAAGAUGGCCUACGACAUGACGGGCGGCAAUGAAGUGGAGAAGUCACUGCAAGUGUACAAGGCUAUUCAGGUCCACACCGAUAUCCUGGAGGAAGACACCAGCACUCCUGAUGUUGAGAGCCAGGGCCUGGACGCCUCCUCUGGCACCUCUCAGGACCAGGACAUCACCGCCCGUCAGGCUGCCCUCCCAGAGGAGGAGAGCACUAGCACCAGCGACGCCACCACCAGCGAAAGCGAGAGCUCCAGCACCCCAGAGGAAACAGAAGAAGAAGAGGAGAGCGCCAGCACCACCAGCGACAGCGCCAGCGCCAGCCAGGAGGCAGAGGACGAAGAGAGCCAGAGCAGCGAGGAGGCCACAGCCACGCCUGGAGCCGCUGACACCGACUCAGAUGAGAGUGACAGCGCCGAGAGUGAUUCAGAUGAGGAGGCAGCAACACCUGAAACCGUCACUGACAUGCCAAUGGUCGUCACUGCCAAAUAAACCCUGAUCAUCCAGGAAGGGUUAGAGUGUCAGUUACAUUCACACAAAGAGCACAUGCUGCAUCCAGGUGCAAAAAACCCUCCAGAGCCACCUUCCACUGCAGGGCCAAACAGGGACGGCCAAGGUUUAAUUACUAUUGAUUGAUGAUCAGCCAAUGUUUUUGUGAUUAUUUGUGGAAUAAACCAAUAACUCCUGCACCCUGUGGUCUAGUUGCCCUGGUAAACCUAAUGUUUGACCCCGCAGGGGAAAAGUGGUCAAUGUAACUCCAUAGGAUGUUGGAAUUGACGACUGCUACCUGCAACAGGAGGUUGACCUUUGCCCUCUCCCCUGUCCCCUCAGUUACUGCUGGGUAAAGGUCAAAAAAGAGAAAAGAACAAAGAAACCAACACAGCUGAGUCCUGAUAUCUACACUAGCACAACACUGCAUUUAAUCAAUAACUAAUAACUGCAAUAUGCAAACCUAUGUUGUUUUUGUGCUCAUAAAAUAAGUUGCACAGUUUAUUUAAAUAUGUGUAAUCAUUUCAUGCAUCAUAGAAUUUAAACUUGACAUUAAGCCAUACAUGCUGCCUGUGUAGCUUAGCUUCGUUGCUCGCUAGUAUCAAAUCUGCUAGUGUAGAUAAAAGGGUGUACACAAUGUAAACAAUGACAAACUCACACACAGUCCUAUUCAUUUGCACAGUUCCUGCCUACACUACAUGUUGUUUGUCCCAUGUUGUUUACUGUAAUGUAUCAUAUUGUACCAUUUCUAAAAUAUUAAAGUUCUUUUUCAUA